GCGGGGAGGCCUGGAUGAUUUAACCCGCGACAACCGCUGGUGGGAAGCACUUGCGGUCGCCGAUGAGCACAUAGGCCCCUUCUCAUCCAGCAGCCACCACUUUCCCAGUGACCAUGAUAGUGUAGUUCAGACUGGCCUUGAACUCACUAUGUAGCUUAGACUGACCUCAGACUCAUGGGAAUCCUCCUGCCUCAGCUUCCCAAGUGCUGGGAUUACCGGUGUGGACACCACACAUGUGUUUGUCCGAUUCAACUCCAGUCAUGGUUUCCCAGUGGAGGUCAAUUCUGAUACCAGCAUCUUCCAGCUCAAAGAAGUGGUUGCUAAGCGACAGGGGGUUCCAGCUGACCAGCUGCGUGUGAUUUUUGCGGGGAAGGAGCUUUGGAAUGACUUGACAGUGCAGGCAUGUGUUAAGUUCUGAUUUCAGUGAAAACUAAGAAUAUCUUCUAUAUGAAGUUAUCUAGAAUUAUAACAGAUGUUUACCAACCAAAGAACUGUGAUCUGGAGCAACAGAGCAUCGUUCACAUUGUGCAGAGACCAGGAAAGAAAAAUGCAGAAACAAAUUCAGCUGGAGGAGACAAGACCAGAAACACUUUGGGAUCCUCUUCCAGAGAGCCCAUGAGCUUGACCCGGGUGGACCUCAGCAGCUCCGUCCUGCCAGCAGACUCCGUGGGCCUGGCUGUCGUUCUGGACACUGAGAGCAGGAAUGAUUCAGCGGUGGUCAGAAGCCCAGGUAGAACAACAUACAACAGCUUCUAUGUUUAUUGCAAAGUCCCCUGUCAAAGGGUACAGCCAGGAAAGCUUCGGGUACAGUGUGGCACCUGCAAACAAGCUACCCUCACUUUGGCCCAGGGUCCAUCUUGCUGGGAAGAUGUCUUGAUUCCAAACCGGAUGAGUGGUAAAUGCCAAUCUCCAGGCUGCCCUGGGACCACAGCAGAAUUUUUCUUUAAGUGUGGAGCACACCCAACCUCAGACCAGGACACAUCUGUGGCUUUGAACCUAAUAACAACCAACAGCCGAAACAUCACUUGCAUAACAUGCACAGACAUCAGAAGCCCUGUCCUGGUUUUCCAGUGUAACCAUCGUCACGUGAUUUGCUUAGACUGUUUCCACUUGUACUGUGUGACCAGACUCAAUGAUCGGCAGUUUGUUCAUGACCCUGAGCUUGGCUACUCCUUGCCGUGUGUGGCUGGCUGUCCCAACUCCUUGAUUAAAGAGCUUCAUCACUUCAGGAUCCUUGGAGAAGAGCAGUAUAACCGCUACCAGCGGUAUGGUGCUGAGGAGUGUGUGCUGCAGAUGGGCGGUGUGCUGUGCCCUCACCCUGGCUGCGGAGCAGGGCUGCUACCUGAGCAGGGUCAGAAGAAAAUCACGUGUGAAGCCAUCAACAACCUCGGCUGUGGGUUUGUCUUUUGCCGGGAUUGCAAGGAAGCGUAUCAUGAAGGAGAAUGCAGCGCCCUCUGUGAAGCCUCAGGACCUGGUAUUCAGCCCUACAGAGUUGAUGAGAGAGCUGCUGAGCAAGCACGCUGGGAAGAGGCCUCCAAGGAAACCAUCAAGAAAACCACCAAGCCCUGCCCUCGCUGCAGUGUGCCAGUUGAGAAAAAUGGAGGAUGCAUGCACAUGAAGUGUCCUCAGCCCCAGUGCAGACUCGAGUGGUGCUGGACCUGCGGCUGUGAAUGGAACCGCACCUGCAUGGGUGACCACUGGUUCGAUGUGUAGCAGCCACCGAGGAGCUGGCCACCUGCCCUGAUGCAAGCACAGAUGAUCCUGUCUUCACUUACCCUUUCUCCUUCUCCCAAACACUUAAUUUGCACACACACACACACACACACACACACACACACACACACACGCACGCACAAACUCGGGCUUCAUGUUCUGUCUGAAAAUCACAAAAGCAAAAUUUCAGAAGUUCCUGGAUCUCUUUCACUACAUCCAUGGAAAACAGCAAAGCCAAGCCUGACACCAGCAAGAGGCAUUUUCAGGCCCAAGAUCAUGCACAGACCAGCACACAAAUUAAAGAGCAGCCUGUGUGUUUUGAACAGAUUGUUUUUCUUGCCUGAAUACAAGUCAGGCUGGGUCAGUCCAUGAAGCAACUUCUCAGGUUUAAUUUCCAGCAUUUGUCCUUUGGCAAAUACAGCACAGAAGCCACUAGCAAACUGGGGAGUAGUUUGAGGGGAUUCUUGCCAGCAGCGCCAUGCAAGACUGACUCCUGUGAAUCUCCAGAACUAUGUUCACGGCUGUCAGAGCAAUGUUCUUAUUUAAAUUGGAGAGAACAUCUCUGUGCAGAGAGCUCCAGGCAAUAGUCAAGAAUAAUUGUUUAUCCUCAAGAAUUCUAUCUUUAUAAAUUGUGCCAGUAAAAUAACAACUAUGCACAAAUCAGCUUGUCAACUAAGUGAGAAAUUACAAAAGCUAAUUUGAGUGUUGAAUGUUGAAAUUACAGAGGAGAAAGCAAAACAUUAUAUACUUUCAUUUCAUUUAAUUAUUUGCAACUUCAGAGAGAAAUUGUUUUCCUGAAAAUAAUACAAAAUCUAUAAUUUGAUUUUAAGUGUUUGUUUUGCAGCUUGGAAAUUUAGCUAGUGCAUGUAUCUUCAUUCUAAAUUUAAUGGAUAACAUGCUGUAAAUGAGAAUUUUUAGGCAUAAUUUCAUAAUGAUAUUCACUGUUGACAAAAGUGCAGGUUAUUAAACACAAUCCUUAAAAAGGAACAUUUCCUGAACUAAGUGAAAAAUGCACUUGACCCUCUCCUGCAGGCAUGCAGGAUGAUGCAUAUGUGCUGAACAUCCGCUCUCUUCCUCAGCCUGCAAGUCCCUGUGCUGCCCACCACUCCCUCCCAGGGGUUCCUGCAGGCAGAGCUCUUUGCAUGGGACAGUAAAUGCACACUGGAAUAUUCCUCAGGUUAACAUGCAUUGAAUUUGAGAGUGAUCAGAUUGUCAGCUUUUUUUGAGAAUUUGCAACACAUCAAAAAAAUAUGUACUAGACACUGUGAAAUGCAUUUCUGCUCUAUAAUGCCCAGAGGAUAGAGUGAAACCACUGCCUUUAGUCCUAACUGAGCUGUGACUUCCCAGGAGGAUGGUGAGUGUGCUGAGGGCACACUGUGUCUCACUGGCAGACAGAAUCCCUUCUACUUCUGGAGACCUGGUAACUCUGAAAUUGGGAGCCAGUUUCCUCUUUUAGAAAUGCCACUACAGUCCUUGCUGGUGAGGAAUGGAUAACCUCAGGAAUUGUCCAGGUCACAUUCCAAGGACAUCUAUUUCGAUGCUAACCACCUCACCUAAUCCACAAGUUCAUGUCUUCCAGCCAUCUAAGGCACAUUCUGCCCUCUGUUCCCAUCAGGGCCACUGCACUGGGUAAGACAAAGUCCUGUGGCUGCCACAUCACCCCAAAUAGCCUCGUGCAGUUUCACCCUGUGGAAAACCCAGCUGCUCCAGCAGGCUUCCAGGCUGCCAGAUUGGUCCAGAAAUUGAAAUACCAAACAGAAAUGUUGGAAUGUAGUUUCAGGAAAAGAAAAGUCACCCGGCAAGAGCCCAGGUUUCACAAAUGCAAGUGAAUGUUCUGAGCCCUACCGCAAUUCAGGGCCUGAAUUUGCAUCACUGACAAUCCCAGCUUCUAGUGUGGCUAAUCAGGUGACACCCUCCUGUCAUGUGGAGGGUGCACCAGCUGUGGUGUGUUCUUUUUUAAGUGAGUUUUCAUUAUGGUCUCCUUCUAAAUCUGCAUGGUGUGUUGGGAUUGUGAGGCUGAAUUUGCUGCUGUGAGUUUCUGGUACCACAGGUGCCACCAGAGCUGUGUGGCUCCUAGUACAGCCUUUUCACUUUCUGGCAAUGUCCUCUUUCUUUCUUUCUUUCUUUCUUUCUUUCUUCCUUUCUUUCUUCCUUCCUUCCUUCCUUCCUUCUUUCUCUCUUCCUCCUUUCUUUCCUUUCUUCCUUUCUUUUCUUUUGUUUUAGAAUAAAAUAGUGAUUCUUAAAGUAAAUUUUUUAAAAACGCUGUAUAUGAAUAUGAUUCACAGUAUUACUUAGAUCAAACAAUAUUACCUGAGCUUGCAAUUGUAAAAGAACAUGAUUGUAUCCAAAAAUGCAAAUAAAAUCUUUGCAGAAUUUUUAUUAUUCUCUAAAAUCCAUUAAGAACUAUCUGAUGACUAUAUUUAAGGUUGUACUCAAGUUAUAAAAAAAGCAUUAAAAGAGUUUUAAAGUCUG